AUGUCGAGCAGUCUUCGCAUCGCAGUUCUCGUUUGCGACACGCCAGUUCAGCCAGUCCUUGAAAAGUAUGGCGACUACUAUGCUAUCUUCCAAGGUCUAUUGAAGCAGGGCUUCCAAGAUUUGGAGUUGCCAGAGGAACUCGAUGUCCAAUUCAGCGGUUACCAUGUCGUGGAAAAUCCUCAGUUCCCUGAGCUGCACGACUACGAUGCAGUGCUCAUGACUGGAAGCAAACAUGAUGCCUGGAGCAAUGCUGACUGGAUUGUCAACUUAACGAGCUACGUGAAGAAGGCGUUUGAAGCAAAGAAGCCCAUAGUUGGCAUCUGCUUUGGACACCAGAUUCUAGCACGAGCACUCGGAGCCAAAGUGGGAAGAAAUGAAACUGGAUGGGAACUUUCGGUGGAGGGGCUUGAUUUGACCGAUGAGGGGAAGGAACUGUUUGGAAAGGACAAACUGUCCAUCCAACAAAUGCAUCGCGAUAUUGUCUUCCACGUCCCAGCCGGCUGCAGCAAUCUUGCGACAAGUCCGAUUUGCGGAGUUCAGGGCAUUUACAUGCCGCAGCGAGCAUUAUCUGUGCAGGGGCAUCCUGAGUUUCAUGAAGGAAUCAUGACUCCUUUGCUAGAGUUGAGACAUCAAAGCGGGUUAUUCAAUGAUCAAUUGUAUAAGGAUGGGUUGUCGCGCGCGGGGAAUCCCCAUGAUGGGCGGUUGAUAGCGAAGACAAUGGUCAAGUUCAUUGUGGAAGCGCAGAGUAGCAAGUCAUAA